UUUGAAGGAGGCACUUCUGAUCUACUCAAACAACACCAGUUAACAUUGGCAUGGAAAUUAUCAAGAACCUUUCGAGCAAGAACAGAGAGGAGGAGACCAUGCAGCUGGCCCUGAAUGCCAGCGCCUAUGAAGAGGAGACAAUUACAGAUCACUACGUCAUGCUCAAUACCCUCGGCAAAGGGGCCUUUGGUGAGGUCAAGCUCGCUUGCCACCGCCUCACAAAUAUGAAAGUCGCGGUUAAAAUCCUUGCGAAUGGUGAGGGGAGUGACUUCAAUAACAGGGAAGAACUCAACAUCAUGAAAGAGCUGGACCACCCGUACAUAAUAAAGCUCUUCCACAUCAUCGACAGCAGAGACCACACCUACAUGGUGUUGGAGUUUGCUGCUCACGGUGAUCUAGUCACGCACAUUGAGCGGGGUGGCCCUCUUCAGCAGAAACAGGCCCAACACAUCUUCUGCCAGAUGGCAUGUGCAGUGCACUACUGCCACGAUAAUGGCAUUGCCCACAGGGACAUCAAGCUAGAUAACAUCCUGCUUGAUGGCAAAGGAAACAUCAAACUGUGUGACUUUGGCCUGGCCAUCAGAGUCAGCUCUGGGGAGAAGUGCAAGGGAUUCUGUGGCACUGUUGAAUAUGGUGCUCCAGAGCUAUUCGGUGACACGGAGUAUGAUGCAAGGGCAGCUGACAACUGGAGCAUGGCAGUGGUUUUAUAUGUAAUGGUGACAGCGAGCUUCCCGUUCAAAGCAAAGACCUAUCCAGACAUGAAGGAGCUGAUGCUGAAUCCCAUCUACUACAUUCCUUACACACUCUGUCAAAACGUUUUGCUUGUGCACCUCAUUGUGCACUUGUUCACUGUGAAGCCUGAGCAGAGGCCCAUGAUUUGUGACAUUAGGCAGCACCAGUGGAUCAAAGAGAGGGAAGAAUUUUGGAAACUCCCAUCAUCUUCAGAGUCAUUCUGUAACAAACCAAAUCCCAUCAUUGUGGGGGAGAUGUGGGAAAUGGGCUACUUGCCCAAGGCCAUUAGUGAUAGUCUACGUGAGAAAAAAUUCAAUAACAUCAUGGCCACGUACCUAAUUUUAAACCACGAGUUACCCCAGGACCACACUAAAUCUGUCACUAAUUCCUUACAUGCCUGUGUGGCUCUGUCAUCAGCAGAUCUUCUCAUGUCCCUUCCUCUUAAGAGGAGAGUGAGUGAGCCUGCCAUUCCCACCUUCUGCAUUGGAUUUAUGUACCAACUGUAUUAUUUUUCCAAGCGGAAGUUACUGCUAACUGAAGCCACUGUUAGAAGAGAUGAAGCUGAGGAAGAACUUUUGUGGCAUCAAAUCUGCAUUUUGGCCAUAGAAUUAUGGUAG